UGGUUUGAUAUUGGUAUACGAGACGAUUCGAGAAUAGCCGUUAGUAAAUACAGUCGACUUCAGGAAAUAGCGAGUGAACUCGCGAAUCCUCAGAGUCAAUAUCCUUUAGUCUGUGCUUUUCUCGGAAGAAAGAAUAAGGACUACGCGCUUCAGCAGCUUUUUCCUCGCAAUAAUAUUAAACGAUAUAACUCCGACGAAUCACACCCUAACGUCGAAGAGGCUCUAGCCUACGGCCUACCCUGUUUGGCCCGUCUCGUUUUUCUGUUUACGGAUAUUAUAUAUAUUUUUGCCGAAGAUUUUUCAGGUCUAGAUAAGAUCGUAGAAUUCUUAGAGUGCUGUGUUAGACUACAAUCAGUAUCCCCUUUGCCCCACGAUAUCCGGCCACAAAUAAUUCUAGUUUUCUAG